GAAGUACGUUUGAACCCAUUUCCAUUUCGCUAUAAUUUCGGAAACAAUGAAGACAAACGAAAGGGCUAAUGCGAGCGCUCCGAAGUACUAGUUGCUAUAAAAUACAAACACAACGUUGCGCCGACCCGUGAUGGCGCGCGUCGCUGAAGGAGAGGAUGAGGGGCACUUUAUGACCCCAACCAAAGCAACCAACAAGAAGCUGAACUCCCUCAGGCUUGAAGGCGAGGCCGUGGUUCCCUUGGUGGAGGCCGGCGCCGGCGGCGAUGACGAUGACACCCCCAUCAGCCCGGAGUCCGUCGCAUUGCUGGAGAGGCGGAAGAACCGCCCGCCGGGGUGCACGCGUCCCGAGCUCCGAAAGCCGAAGCCCGGGCUGGCCACCCGGGACGGGUGGGUUCGAUACAUGGACCGGUACCUUGCGGGCACGCCCGCCAGUUGCGGGAAGACGGGAUUCACGUUCCCCACCCUCGGGAAAGCAAAGCAAGCGGCAGCGAACUAUCCUAGGUAAAAACGUCCCCACCGCCACCCUUUGCAGCGCUAACACCAUGGGAAAUCUGCUAGACCACAGAUGGAUAAGCCUUGGCUGUUGCGCAUGACAAGCCUGUGCAGCCCGGAGUGUAGUCUUGUUUGGGUAGUGCUGUCGCAUCACACAUUGAUCUUCAGACUCUGAGCUCUAGGCCAUAAUGCCAAACCAUAUGUCUGUGAAUUUCAAAAUACGAACACCAUUACAUUAGAAAAUGCACUCCAUGGGGCUGCGCAUGGGAGACAUCCUGGGCGUGCAGAUUUGCACGAAAAAUGUCUUGAUGCAGCUGAGGUGUAUUGCCUUUGCCCUUAGAAAGAAAAGCCUCAUUCGUACCCUCCCACCUCCAGACGGAAGGUCUAAACCGCAGCGCCGUCUUGCGCUUGUUGCUUUUGGCCUUUGAUUGUGUAUGCAGCUGCAUAAAAGUGGGGGAGUUGCCUCAGAUACCAGUAUUCUGCUUGGUGCUGUUGAUUACCUGGAUUUCUCCCUGCGUCGUGUUCUUGUAUGUUUUUUGGACGAGUUAUGUGUUUUUGCAACCACGCACCUGCACCUCCUAGCCCGAGGGGGUGCGGGUGCCCGAAGUGAAAAAUGUCGGAUGUUGGAUCAGCUGGCGUGAUAUGUUGGCUCAGAAGAUGAAGGGGGCUUGAAAACAAGUAUGUCUCGCAACCCUCCUAGCUUACUAUACUUAGUUUCAUUCAGCCGAUCUGUUUUGCAUACGAAAGUCGGCAACUCGCGUUUAGGCCUUGACCUUCUAGGGUGUGUUUGUCGUAACUCAUGAUUUUACUAGAGACCACGCAGCGCAUGAUCUACUAGCCCGCUGGCGUGCGGGACCCCGGAAAAAAAGCUGACUGCGAGAACAGUAGGCUAGUGGCCACCGGGUGAUGAUGCUGGCGAUCAUAGCGCCUCAGCGUCCGCUUGACUCACCUCCCCUGCGCGUCAAACUAUCUGCGGCCAUGGUGCACAUUGGGCGGCAAAGUGUGUUGCAUUUCCUUUAGCAGGACAAAAAAUUUGGGGUGGGGAUGUAUUUACUGAGGAUGCGAAUCAUCCGGACUGCUACGGCAUCACGCAGGUGUCAGAGCGCGAGUUCGAGCUCCGGGCCAGCGCGUAUGAGAGUGCACUGCUCUCCCUCCCCCUCAUUUGUAUGGCAUGAACAACAUUCAUUGCAACCACCAACACACGUGGAGCCUGUGCUUGACAAGUUCAUGUGCCGAAUGUACUUAGAUAUAUUGUUUCGGCUUCCGAAAUUUGGUGUAAUGCAACAAAUGCCAGCUGCUUUGCAUAAGAUAAGGAUUAAUUAUGAUUAAGAUUAAGACGAAGACAGCAAGACCAGCAACUGCGUUUGGGAUUUUGCAUUACAAACAAGGUCAGGGCACGGGGGCCAACGACCUUCCCGCCCUUUGCAGGACGGGGCGCACGUAGAUACGUGGACAGCACGCCAGAAAUUUCAAAACUUUGCGCUAUACUGAAAGCAAGAGGCCGGGCACAGAGUCCCCGCGCUGACCUAUGGCUUUUGCGCCUGGGCCGUACGGCUCCCGGGAGUCGCGCGCGUCCAUCCAGCUGGCCCCUAGGUCAUGACGCGGGGACACAGUCCCCGCGCUGACCUAGGGCUUUUGCCCCGGGGCCGCGUUCGGGAAGCGCUUCCUUGCAGCUGGCCCCUAGGUCGUGGCGCGGGGACAGAGUCCCCGCCCGGACCUAGGGCUUUUGCCCCGGCCGGGGCCGCGCGCUGCCCGGGAAGCGCUCAAAGCUAGGUAGCCCCUAGGUCAUGGCGCGGGGACAGAGUCCCCGCGCUGACCUAGGGCCUUUGCCCCUGGGCCGUGCGGUGUCCGGGCAGGGCCCGCGACAGGCUACGUAGCCUCUUCGUCAUGUGGCGACGCUCGUCGGGACUGGGCCCCCCCGCUGACCUAGCGCUUUUGCGCCCGGGCCGUGGGGUGGUCCCUCCGGGAUGCAGACGCCCAAAGCUCACCCCCCGGUCAUGGCUCGGGCACCCACAGACAGAGCCCUCGCGUUGGCCUUGGGCACUUGCCCGGCCGGCCGCGGGCCUUGCCUGCGGUGCCCGGGAAGCGCUCCCACCAAAUCAAAUGCUUGGACAUGCAUGGCGCCACCGGUGGGGCCCAUGCCCAGACGGGGGCGGGACCGCCUACAGGGCGGGCUCGGGGCCUCCGCCUCCUGGAAUGCCUGCGCGCCCGUCGCUCUCUGUGCCCGCGUGUUUGCGCCCAGCGGGCCCACUGUUGUGCUUGGUCUGGAAUAAAUAAAAGCCGACGCGCCCGGCGUGCCUGCUUGGUCUGGGUGGUGGCGAGUAUGAAUAGAAUAAAAGCAGCCCCCGGCGGCCCUGCUUCGCUUCCGUGUUAGUUAUAUGCUACCUUUGCAGAAAAAUGCAGGGCCCAUAGAUACGCGCCCACCUUUCUCAGCCGGGCGCGCGCUUGUUUUGUUGUCGCAGAAAAGGCACCCGCGUGGGGCCCGGUAGGUCGGCGCGCCCGGAAUGCCUAUGCACGGGGCACAGACACCAGCAGCAAACACACCCAAAGGCACGGCGGCGGGUGGCUUCGCGGGGUCCACCCCCUCGAGUGGGCCUGCUGCUCUGUGUUGACACUCAUUGGCGGCCGAAAACGCCCGGGGUCCGUCGGUUCGGGGAAGUGUCCGGCCUUUUCCCCGCGGUGUGUUCGGAAGUGUGCCCCGGGGUGUGCCUGGGGUGUUUCGGGGGUGUGGGCCGGGGGUCUGCCUGGGGUAUGUCGGGGGUGUGUCGGGGGUGUGUCGGGGGUGUGUCUGGGGUGUGUCCGGGGUGUGUUCGGGGUGUGGGCUGCAAAUUGCAAAUCACGACGCUAGGCAGCCACUUUGCAUACCCCAGAACACACCCCAAAGCUUCAGCAAUUCUUGUCGGGGGGGGGUGUGUCGGGGGUGUGUCUGGGGUAUGUUUUGGGGUGUGGCCUGCAAAUUACGAAUCCCGAUGCUAUACAGCCACUUUGCAUACCCCAGAACAUACCCCCAAGCUUCAAAAGUUCUGGUUUGCUGCAGUCUAAAUAGUAAUGUUGAGGGUUAGUAAGAGUUGUGCACUCUCAUAGCCCGGACCUGCUCUACUCGGACACCGAGGAAAUAUCGUGGGUGUGGCUGACCAGCUAACAGAAUGAAAAAUCCCCCCUCCCCAUAUUCAGAGGGAAAUUUGUGAUGCACGGUCUGUGUACCUGUACACAAAUCAGCUUUUUGCUGCAUUGUAAUACUGCAGGCAGAUCGAUCCUAAGACUGUGUAAGCAGGAGUAUUUUGUAUGGGCCCUUAGCAUGGUAGAGACCCGUUCUGCGGGCUGAAUUGCAUUACAGCAUAAUGCGGCGGACUCUCUUGAUUUGCUUUCCUGCAAGGCAGACGCGAUUUGUGGCCACGGAUCAGCAUCGACGACGCUGCGCGUGGAAAGCGGAAGCUCGGCGCGUCGGAUGAGGGACCCCCGAUGCCGGGCCUCGGCAUUUGCCUUCUUACAAGACAGAAAUAAUUUGUGCCCACAAGAAAUCUGGCUCGGCGUGUGCGUGUCGGAUGAGGGAUCCCCUAUGGGUCCCUACCCUCGACCCCCUGCACAGCAAUGUGAGUCUUAGUAAUUUACUUGCUGCUCCCUACUGCUAUGCAUGUUUUUGUUUUACUUUUGUAUGAUUUAGAUUUGGCGCCAAGCUGAAAAUUUGCGUGACUUCGUGAAAACAGAAAAAUUGCGGCACCCGUCGUAUUUCGUGAAAAAAAAGUAUAGAAAAAAAAAGGAUCUACGCCUCUCGUCACGUGAAAGAUAUGUUACAACCAAGAAUGCGCUUCGUCUUCGUCGCGUCAACAUGUUAGAUGGUAAGUAGAUUCGUGCACUUCUACGCUGCCGCCCAAAGCCGCUCCCUCCUUCCCCCUCGUGCAUUUGGCUCUACCCUUUUACCUUCUGUCUUCUAGCGCUAGGUUGCGAACCUCGCAUGUCUUGCAGGGGCAUAUGUCCGUGGGGGUAGUCCUCGGUGUGGGUAGUUCUCGGUGUGAGUAGUUCUCGGUGUGGGUAGUUCUCGGUGUGGGUAGUUCUCGGUGUGGGUAGUCCUGAGAGGGUUACUCGGUGUGGGUAGAUAAAAACUGUGAUGCUUUAUUUGGGUCUAGGGAUGUACUAGUUUAAGUUUUCGACUCAGCGGCCGACACAAGUAUUCACUUUUUCAUUAGGCGGGGUACGCAUGAACAUGAUGCGGUUACUUAUCCGUUUUCGACCGGGCCGCAUCCCCGGGACACGUGCAGCACGACCCCGCUAGCGCGUCCACUAUGCAUGGGGCUGCGUCCUCCCCACCUGACACAAGAACUCCGGCCGUUACACGGCGCCGCGUUUCGUUGUCGCGAAGUUGCCCCUCCCUAACCACGUGGACACAUAGUUUCAUACGACGACGGUUCGCGGACUUCGACCUGCUGCUGGCGACGGUAUUCUUAUUCUUUGCUCUUUUCGUUUACCUGAAGCUGAACCUGUAGGAGCCGCAUCCCCUCCUAGUUAGUUUCUCAACCCGAUCUAGCAGUAGACUAUGUGUGUGCCCGGUAUUGAGGUCAGAUGUGGUUUUUCAUGCGACACCAAUGCCCCCUCUUUGACUUUGACCUGGCGGCACGGAGGACUCGUUGCAUUUUUUGGGACCACGCAAAUUCUAGCCUGCGAGGAGGGGGGAGCGAGCAAAAAAAACUGGCCUACGAAUAUCAGGAGGAAAACUGGCACGACUCAGCAUGGCAAAUUUUCAGAACGGGGAGGGGGGACUUUUCCUGACGAUACCAGCCCGGCUUUCUCGGAAACGGACGGCGCGGAAUUCCGUGCAAGCUGGGACGACCCGGAAUUGGGUCCCGCCUAUGCCAUAUGCACUGAAAAUAUUUAUAUUUAUACCUGGGUCUGGAACUGGAUCUGGAACAAAAGUGGAACCUGUAUUGCUCCUCCACUUCUUUGCGUUCAUCCUGUAAAGUCUAGAUUGCAUCACCGACAGGCAGAAGCGGGACCUCUUGCUCUUUUGUCAUGCAAAAAUAUUUCAUUAUCAUUUCAUUUGUAAUCAAUGCGCUUGCGCAUCCGCCCUAGACAUGGCAAAAUGAGGAAGAGGAAGCGUGGCUUUAGAUUUUGGCCCCGCUCGAUCGCGCUCAAAAGAGUGCUCAAGCAUGAUCACCAAUCAGCAUCACAAGUUUCCACACUCAAAUAUAUCUUUCUGCGUUUGAUACGCGACGCAAUCCCGGCGAGAACUUCCCCGCCUGCUUGAAGCCGCACCAGGGCCCGAGUACUUUAUCGAGGCGGACGCGAAACGUGAGACGGCGCUUGCGGACGAGCGCCAGCGGGUGGCCAACUUUGGCUCGGCGUUGCAAGAGGAUCUGCUCGCUUACCGAGGUACAGGAACUACAUUCUUGGCUCUGAUAGAACGUGUUGCACUACGUACGAGAUGAAGGAAAACUAUAUUGUAUAAAGAUUGCUUUUGCUUUAAAAUGGUUAUGGUAGUAAAGGAUAGUCUUAUGCUAGAGAUGGUGAGCCGGAGCGUGAGUGUGGCGCUGUGUCUAUCAUUGAGUAAAGGGCGCUGUGCCACUUUCAGUACACUUCGGCGUAGACCGUCUUCGAUGUCAGCUGUACCAAUACACAGGAGGCUGAUCGUCCUUGCGUUUUCAUUAAAAAUUCAUCACACAACAGACCUGCCCGCUUCCUCAGCGGUAUACGUCGAAUCCGAGUUGCGGCGAGUGCAGGGGAUUUACAACCUGCAGAGUGGGGAAAAAAACGGGUGUCCUGUAUACACGAAGCCGGAUAGCACGGAGGCGUUGUUUUUCGACGGUUUUCAGUGGGUGAUCAAGGCCGAGCUGGAGGACGUGAAAGCUCCUCUCAUUUUUGGGCCAGAAGUGGAGCUGCUGAAGGAGACGGUGCGGCUAUCAGGUUGCCAGCGCCCUCAUAUCCCGGAUGAUUGAAGUCUCAUCAAGUCUUGGCGCUGCAAAGUUUGCAAGUGGGCAAGCUUUCUUGUUUGUUUCCAUGCAAGGAUCAUAGUCAACUGCUUGCUGGUGCCGACUCGUAGUUGUGUGGGCUCGCAGCGCAGGUCACUUCUAACAACUUUCGCCCUUGCUGGGCCUUUUUGCAACAGAAAAGUUGGCUAAAUUUUUCUGCUUCGAGCGCGCUAUUUUGCGUUGCUGGCAUAAGCACAUGCAUAUGUAAGCUGGAGAGUGUUUCGCAAUACAUAUGAUUAUCAAUAUGUUGCUCUCGCGUUUUUCAUUUUCAGGUGCUCCCGAUUUGAGCGGAGGACCCUCACCAAUCUUGGUUUGCAGUUGCGGGGUCUGCUAAACAACAGAAUUAAAAUACACAAGCUCUCAGUUCUGGGAUAGAGGUGCAUGAUGCCCACAUGAUAGUAGCCUAAGCCUUAUCGACUGCAAAAAAAAAAUGUCUGGGUCUGGGAGUAUCCAGACAUUUGUCAUGCAUUUGUUGGAUCUUCAAGUUCAAGAGAAGAAAGUUUGGAAUGCACGCAGAGCACGACAAGAUCCGCGGAGGCUUCUCCAUGUCCAUGUCUUCUUCUUUGUCUAGCCUGCAUGUGCAUGAGAAGCAGCGUCUUGGAGGAACAAAAAGCGCAGCGCGCCUUAUGCUGACAAUGCAAGGCAGAUUUUUCUUUUUGUCUAUAGUUCUGUCUAAAUUCAGCAUCACAAACACAAGUUGCAAUCUUCCAAACCCGGACCUAUUUGCAAUGUAUAAGGCCGGGCAGGACGAGAGACCGAUGCAGAAGUACGUCCCGAAAGUUAUAGCGCGCGCAGGUGAUAUCGAUAUGGGAGUGUUAGGAUCGAAAUCGACAAAGAUGGCCUGGUUUGCAAUGCAAGCAUAAACUCAAUACUAGCGGGGCCCCAGUUUAUUUCUAAGUGGCGCAUGAUAAAUUUUGGGAGCACCUAGAUCCAGCCAGUCACCGCGCUGUUCAUCUGGGCAAGGAAAGUUUUUUUUUGCUCCUUCGCAGUCCUACUGCCAAGCAACCCCAAAGAGGCUUACAAUCUGCCUCAGCUGCCUGCUUUCCAAUACAGGCGAUUUGUGCCUUGCGCUGGCUUUGUGCAUUAUGACAAACUGUCUCAACUGUGUCAAUUUCGAACCUGACCCCUCCAUAGCCGUUACGAUCUCGACUGUACUUCCAUAUUCGUCUAUUGCUAUUCCUAUUGUAAAUUUGUACAAAAACUGUAUCCAUUUGAAUCUUAAAGAUGCCCGACGAGCGGCCAUCCCUCCAUCACUACUCGCUUGAAUUCGCGAACUCGUAUCGAAAUCGGCUUCACGUUUUCUGGCAGAGGGCGUGCUCUUGUUUUCUUUUCAUUUGCCUCAUCGUCAUCUUGGUCCUGCGUUACAAUUACAAACUUACGUCUUCGGCAUGCAUGGUAACAGCUGAGAUCAUAGUAACACCUGACCACGCAAUAGAAAUCCGGAACCCCAUCCAGCUAGGCAUUUGGGCCGGGGAUCUUGGGCGCAAC